GUCGAUUUUUCUCACUUUUCGCACAUUUAUUUCACGUGAAGAAAUACACGCGAUUGGCUAUGAGCAAGGUGAAAAUACGAUAUCCCUAGAUUCACGGGAGUACAAACCAUUGUGAACACUCCGUAAAGCGUAUAUGCAUGCAUAUAUGUUUCAGUGAUAUCUUUAUCUUUAUAACCUCUGUGAAUAAGAGAAUGAAUGUUACAGAAAAACAAAAAGAAAUUAUAUUAAAUUUUAUCACUAAACAUUCGGAUUUCGGUCGGGGGCGGAUAAGAUACAAUAAUGAAAAUAAGCGAAAAAUGGAUGAACUGUGGGAAAAAUUAACAAAAAUAUUAAAUACAGCUGGAUGUGGGCCGUGCAAAUCAGCUAAAGAAUGGGCCAAGACGUGGAGAGAUUGGAAAUCCAACACAUUAAAGAAAAUUGCAAAACAGAAGACAUAUGAUGGGAACAGGUGGUGGAUCACCUGCUAAAAAUCUACAAUUAACAUUAAUUGAACAAAGUUUAUUGGACUUUUUAACUCCAGACGCUACUGGCCUAUCAGGAAUACCUGAAGGCGGAUUUGAAGAUGUAAUGCCAAAUCAGUUAAUAUUAUGUUCUCAACUCAUUUCACCUCGAAUACCAAAUCAGGAUUUGGCACUACAUAAUUUUAGCAAUGAAAUAUUCCAUUCAUCUGAAAUUGAAGACAAUAACGUUUCAGAGCAAGAUAAUCAGGCAAUUUAUGCAGCUUCAAGUGCAAAGAGACUUGUAUCGACAAAAUAUUUAAAAGGUACAAAGAAACCAAAAGUUAUGAACACUGUAUUUGAUUUAUCAUCUGAUAAUGAAAACGACGAUAAUGCUUUAGAGCAAGAUAAUCAGGCAAUUUAUACAGCUUCAGCAAAGGGAUUAGUAUCGACAAAAUAUUUAAAAAGUACGAAGAAACCAAAAGUUAUGACCAAUGUAUUCGAUUCAUCAUCUAAUGAAAACGACGAUAAUGCUUUAGAGCAAGAUACUCAGGCAAUCUAUACAGCUCCAAGUACUAAGGGACUUGCAUCGACAAAAUAUUCAGAAGGUAUAAAGAAACCAAAACUUAUGACGACUGCAAUGAACUUAUUAGAAAGGAAAUCUUCUAUAUCGGAAAACUUAAAACAAAAAAUGUUGGAACUAAAACAAGAAAAACUACAAUUAAACAAAGAAAAAUUAGCAGUUGAUAAAGAUAUUCUGCAAGAACUACAGAAUUUAAAUAAUAAUAUAUUAUCCAUACGAGAAGAAAUUGGUGGACAGUAUUUGAUAAAUCUUCAAGAUUCACCAUAAACUGUCUGACAAAUUACUAAAAUAAACUUAUCAAAGAAAAGAUUUGAGUAAAAUUAACACGUGUUACAAAAGUUGUCUUUAUUAAGAUUUUGAUUAAUAUGAUUUGUUAGAUCAUUUUAAUUUAUUUUGCUUCCGAAAAGAUUUGAGUAAAAUUAACACGUGUUACAAAAGUUUUCUUUAUUAAGAUUUUGAUUAAUAUUAUUUGUUAGAUUAUUUUUAUUUAUUUUGCUUCCGAAAAGAUUUGAGUAAAAUUAACACGUGUUACAAAAGUUGUCUUUAUUAAGAUUUUGAUUAAUAUGAUUUGUUAGAUCAUUUUGAUUUAUUUUGCUUCCGAAAAGAUUUGAGUAAAAUUAACACGUG